AUGGCAACGCUUCAAUGCGUGUUAAUUAUCGUGCUUCAGACCGUGAUUUGUUCACAAAAUACCCUCCAGGCUGACCUUUUACCCCAUUCCGGCUCAGACAACGCUCUUAUCACAGACUCAAUACAAACAUCCAUACCCGAACAAGCAGCCGACCGAUUAGGCAGAAUCAAAUGGGAAAAUAUUGCCUUUAUUGGCUUUCAAGUCUGGUUUCUUGGCAUGGCUUUUGACGCUACCGUGUAUCAAAAUACCGCCGAAAUAUUGGCUUUAGCCAUCCUCAAUGUGAUUUGCGCUAUUUUGGGGGCCUUGGAAGUGGUCGAUGGCAACAAAUGGCUGAACCUUUUAAAGAACACUGGUUAUUCCACCAUGCCGUUAUCUGUUGCCGAGAAAAUCGAAAUUGCGUUAUCAGUGAUGAUUAUGCUCUUUGCUGUGAUUCUCGCUUACCUCAGCUACGAAAUGUCGAGACAGUUUGGUUGGAAUAUCUAUAAAAAGAUUGGAGCUGAUGUCCAGAUUCAAAAAAUGUAUCGCAUGUUCCAAUUCUUUGUUCUAUCGCUCAAGAUUGAUGUGUUUACGGGAUUUCUCGUUUCACUGUUUUCUGUAUGCUACUUGAUCCACGUAGCCAUUAAGCAAGGACUAAUGUGGGAAAGUGUCAUUGAACUGAUCGUCACCGUUCUAAUUUUACCCAUGCUUUAUUUUGCGCGAACAGCUGGAAGCGUCGAAAGUAAAGUACGCAUGAUUAUCUUUCUAAUAUUCCAAGUGCUCGAGUUUGUUCACUACUGUCUCAUCCUCACGGAAACAUUUCAACCUUCCAACAAUUGGUAUACGUGGAUUGUUCUUAUCUUUAUCGGCCUCGCUUUCAACGUCAUCACAUCCGUUCUCGCCUUUAUGUGCAUGCGCAAUUUCGGCAAAGGACUCAAGCCUUACGUUCAACGCGGUUCUACCAAACAGAAGCAAGAUGUAGAAAUGAACAAGAGCAAAGUGCAGCAAGACUGGCAGAUUGACGACGAUUAG